AGCGGAAGUGUGCCAACUGUCGUGAAAGCACAUCGACGCAGAAAGCCGCGAGCAGGACUAAUAAGUCACUCUUAUUAUUUGUUCUCCAGUUUGAAAUAUUUACGUCGUAUAAAAUACAUCUUUGAAUCUUUAUUUAAGGAUAAAGUGGUCUCGAUGCGCUAGAAGCACUGUGCCGCUUCUCGUGCUAUCUUUGCUUGUUAGUUAGCUUAGCUCGCUAGUUAGCUUAGCUUGUUAGCUGCUAACAGAAGACACAGAAGUUAUCAACACAUCGCUAAGUAGAGAUCAAGUGUGAGAGUAAAGUGUUGUGAUUGUGUGAAAAUGUGCGAAAGAAUGAUAGCAAAGUAUGAGGAGGAACUUUGUCCAACCAAAGAGGAGAAGGAGCGACAACAUCAACUACUGGAUGUUUAUUAUAAGAAACAUCAUCAAGUUGUGUUACACAGAACAGACGUUGAUGAAGAACAUCUUCCUCGUGAGCAGGAGGAGGAACCACAGUCCCCCAACAUACAUGAGGACAAAGAGGUACCACAUUCCCAACACAUCAGAGAGGGAGGAGAGGAGCCACAACCCCCCCAAAUUAAAGAGGAAGACGAGGCGCCACAGACCCAUAAUGUUAAACUGACCUUUCACAUUAAAGGUCAAGCGGAGGACCCAUUGAUCUUACACAUCAAAAAGGAAGAGGAGGACCCACUGACCCCUCACUUUAAGGCGCAAGAGAACCUGCUGACCCCUCACAUUAAAAAGGAAGAGGAGGACCCACCGACCCCCUACUUAAAAGAGGAAAAGGAGGACCGAGAGCCGCCACACAUUAAAGAGGAAGAGGAGGAAGAGGGCAUCAGUCAGCCUAAAUGGUUGGAGGAGUUCCCAGUGACUGGUGUCCCUGUGAAGAGUGAAGAUGAUGAGGUGAAAGGUGAAAGUGAGGAGAGGGGAGGGGGGGAGCCUCCAAGCAGCAGCUCAACACAACACAUGACAACAGAAGCUGAUGGAGACCACUGUGGAGGAUCACAAGCAGACAAGCUCUUAGCUCCACUAUCAGAUAGUGAGGACACAACGUCACACUCUCCUGACACUGAUGAUGAAGACUCUAAAGAUGAUGCAACAUGUCACACUGACAACACUCACUUCACAUGUUCUCACUGUCACAAAACUUUUAAAUACCAAAGUCGUCUGAAAAGACACAUGAGAACUCACACUGGAGAAAAACCUUUUUCUUGUUCAGUAUGUGGUAAAGGUUUUGGACUUAGUCAGAAUUUGAAAGUCCACAUGAGAAGACACACUGGUGAAAAACCUUUUUCUUGCUCAGUAUGUAGUAAAGGUUUUGUUCUAAGUGAACAUUUGAAAUCACACACAAGAACACACACGGGUGAAAAACCUUUUGUCUGUUUAAUCUGUGGUAAAGGUUUUGCACACAGUAAUACUUUGAAAAGACACAUGAGAACACACACUGGUGAAAAAUCUGUUUCCUGUUCAAUCUGUGGUAAAUGUUUUACACAAAGUCAAUAUUUAAAAGUACACAUGAGAAGACACACUGGAGAAACUGCUUUUUCCUGUUCAAUCUGUGGUAAAGGUUUUACACAAAGUCAAGAUUUGAAAGUACACAUGAGAACACACACUGGAGAAAAACCUUUUUCCUGUUCAACCUGUGGUAAAGGUUUUACACAAAGUCAGGAUUUAAAAAAACACAUGAGAACACACACUGGAGAAAAACCUUUUUCUUGUUCAACCUGUGGUAAAGGUUUUACACAAAGUCAGAAUUUAAAAAGACACAUGAGAACACACUUGCACGCGGCUUAUGAGAUGAACGCUCGUCAAGAAGAACGUCCCCUUCAGCAGCAGGAGGAUCCACAGCCCCCCCACAUUAAAGAGGAAGAGGAGGAAGUGUGGAUCAGUCAGGAGGGAGAGUGUCCUGUAGGGCAGGAGGAGGCUGAUGUCAGCAAGUUUCCACUGACUGUUGUCUCUGUGAAGACUGAAGAGCAUGAAGACAAACCACCUGAGUCCUCACAGCUUCAUCACAGUCCAAACGUCGAAGAAGAACCUCUACCUAAUGAACAGGAGGAGGAACCACAGUCCUCCAACAUACAUGAGGAAGAAGAGGUACCACAUCCCAAACAAAUUAAAGAGGGAAUAGAGGAGCCACAGCCCCCCCACAUUAAAGAGGAAGACGGGAUGCCACAGACCCAUCGUGUUAAACUGACCUUUCACAUUAAAGGGCAAGCGGAGGACUCACUGAUCUUACACAUCAAAAAGGAAGAGGAGGACCCACUGACCCCUCACUUUAAGGCGCAAGAGAACCUGCUGACCCCUCACAUUAAAAAGGAAGAGGAGGACCCACCGACCCCCUACUUUAAAGAGGAAAAGGAGGACCGAGGGCCGCCACACAUUAAAGAGGAAGAGGAGGAAGAGGGCAUCAGUCAGCCUAAAUGGUUGGAGGAGUUCCCAGUGACUGGUGUCCCUGUGAAGAGUGAAGAUGAUGAGGUGAAAGGUGAAAGUGAGGAGAGGGGAGGGGGGGAGCCUCCAAGCAGCAGCUCAACACAACACAUGACAACAGAAGCUGAUGGAGACCACUGUGGAGGAUCACAAGCAGACAAGCUCUUAGCUCCACUAUCAGAUAGUGAGGACACAACGUCACACUCUCCUGACACUGAUGAUGAAGACUCUAAAGAUGAUGCAACAUGUCACACUGACAACACUCACUUCACAUGUUCUCACUGUCACAAAACUUUUAAAUACCAUAGUCUUCUGAAAACCCACCUGAGAACACACACUGGAGAAAAACCCUUUUCUUGUUCACUCUGUAGUAAAGGUUUUACACAAAGUCAGAAUUUGAAAGUCCACAUGAGAACACACACUGGUGAAAAAACAUUUUCUUGUUCAAUCUGUGGUAAAAGUUUUGCACAAAGUCAGGAUUUGAAAAAACACAUGAGAACACACACUGGAGAAAAGCCUUUUUCUUGUUCAAUUUGUGGUAAAGGUUUUGCACAAAGUCAGGAUUUGAAAGUACACUUGAGAACACACACUGGUGAAAAACCUUUUUCCUGUGUAGUCUGUGGUAAAGGUUUUACACAAAGUCAUAAUUUGAAUGUACACAAGAGAACACACACCGGUGAAAAACCUUUUUCUUGUUCAAGCUGUGGUAAAGGUUUUACAGACAGUCUAACUUUGAAAAGACACAAGAGAAUACACACUGGUGAAAAACCUUUUUCCUGUUUAAUCUGCAACAGAAGCUUUGGGGAACGAUCAAAGCUUGAAAGACACAUGAGAACACACCCAGGAGAGAAAGUGUUGAGUUGCAGUGUGUGUGGUGAAAGAUUGUCUUCUAAGUACCAGUGUAAGAAACACAAGUGUGCUGGUGAGAACAGCAGCAGCAAAUGAAACUGCAGGAUUUGAAAUAAACUGUCCAGACUUUCAUUUUGACUUUCUAACAACAUCAGCACAUAUGACAUGUGUGACAUUGUUGUUGUGUAACAACCUUUUUAAUAUGCUUCUACAUUUAUUGCUGAGAUAUUUUAUUACAGGGCUUUUUUCAGUCAAAUACAUGCAUUAAUAUGCAACAUUGUGUACUUUUAUUAAAAAAAUUAACGGAACAGUUUGACUGAAAAGGUGAGAGUAAACAGUACAAUACAUUUUUUUACACACAAUAAACAUUGUAUGUGUGUAUAUAUUCAUAAUACAAUUUUAGACUUAUUCAUAAUACUGUUUUUAUACGUGUUUGGAAUAUUGAAGUGUUACAUAAUGUUAUUUCCAAUUGUUAAUAAUCCCAUAGAUUAUCACCUUUAUAUGAUAUACAUAUGUACUGGUUCACAUCUGAAACAUCUUCUGGACCACUUCAGGAAGCAUAUUAUUAUUUACUUUAUACAUCAUUUGAACAGUUGUCUUUUAUACAGUUUUGAAAUGUGACUUUAUGAAUCAUUUGUUGCGUCUCUAUUCAUCCAUUUUAUUAAUUAUAUUACUUUUUUGUAAUAUGAUGAUUGUGUUGUGAUUGUUUUAUAUGUAUGUCCCCAGACCUUUAUGCAAUAUAAAAGUGACAGAGAAUGACUGAAUUGUUUGUGUGAAGGAAAUAUGGUUUUGUUUUUACAAACUUACAUUUGUGGAUUAAAAAAAAACUCCCUUUA